AAAGCUAAAAUGCAUUUUACAGCACUUAAAAAAGUACUGCAAAAAUGGAAAGGCCAUAUCUCGAUAUGGUCACUCUUAACACAAAUACAUUAAAGGGUUCCUAAGAAAAGCACGUUUCCGAAACAUUGAGGAAGAACAUUUUUUUUUGAUAAUGGAAGCCAAUGAUCAAAUAUUUUUCGGUUGUACUUUGAGUGAUACCAAUACCUGCGCCACCUGGGACCUGAUCAAGGAAGAUGACUUCCGCUGUAAUAAGCUCGUCAUCAAGCAGAUUCUGCUGGACGCCGACGCAAAAAACGACGAGUACAAUGUGGUCGAGGUUAUGAGUUCAAGAGAUUUAGUGAAGAUUCCAAUUGCCGUGCUUAAGGCUGGCGAGCAACGCAUGGCAAUUCCCGAUCUCGAGUUCUACGAAUCAAAUGUGACAUUCAGCCUGAUUAGAGGCAGCGGCCCUGUUCACAUGUGCGGGCACAUCGUCCGAGAGUAUGUCGAUAUUAUGUACGUAUCGAAGGAUGGUCACCAGACUCACAAGUAUCCUCGUUUGUCUUAAUUGUACCUCUUGAAAACAAUGUGACAGUUUAUUUCCAUUAAACAUAAACUAGACAAAGUGUAACACAA